AUGCGGUUCUCCUGCCUUCCCACCGUCCAUGCUCGCAAGCGGCGAUCCUUCUGGGUGUACUAUCGUACAAAUGCGAGUCCGUUGUGCCUCUGUCUGCCACUCCCGCCAGGCCCUGUCUUCGCCGUCCUUCUCGCGCUAUGGCUGCUCUCGGGCGUGGCGUUCGCGGCGUGGCUCUGCUACUCGACGCACGCGACGUACCUCGGCGAUCGCUACCGCCGCCUCGACACGUGGUGCUACGAGCGCGCCAAGCUCUUCGAGCAGCACACGCUCACCACCGUCAGCCAGAUUCGGACUCUGGCGGGGCUGGCGUCGGUGAUGGGCAACCCGAGGGGCCACGGCAACCGGACGUGGGACAGGUGCCUUACGGAGCAGCGCUGGAUCUCCUACCUCAACAAGACCAAAUAUUCCCGACCGGGGGACACGGGCGCCAUGGUGUGCCUCUUCGUCACAGAUGCAGAGAGGCCUGCCUUCGAGAGGUUCUACGGCGGCCCCAUUCUCGACACCACACUGUCGCCACGGCAGAAGGAGCCUAUGUACUGUCCCAAGCUGCUGGAGCUGCACACCUUCCGGCAGGGGAUCAUUUUGCUCAUUGACCUCAUGCAGCGCGGGGCUGCAGAGCUCUCCUACAUGCGCAGGACGGGCGACAUUGUCUUCAGCCGUGUCGUGCCCAUCGCGGACCUCUCUCUCAACAUCACCGGCUUCGCCGUUGGGCUGCCCAUCUUCCAGCAUGCGCUGCCACCGAAUCCCACGGAGCAGCAGGCGGAGGAGGCGGUGCUGGGCGCAGCUGGGGCGAAUGUGGACCUAGGGUCCAUCGCCCGCCACGUGCUGCAAAACGUCUUCUCGCCAGACCCCAGCAUCACAUUCGAGGUGUAUGACAUCACGGACCCCCGUGGCCCCACAAUGAUCUACGGCCCGGGGCCCCGCUGUGUGUACUACCGUGACCGUGACAUCCUGCCCUUCACCGGCAUCUCCCCCCCCAACAUCACGCGCCCCUGGGAGGAGCGAUCUGUCGUGCCGCUCGACCUGCUCGGGGCCCGCCUGCGGCGCUACCAAGUGUGGUGCCGUUACGUGGAGGCACCAAGCUCAUGGCUCUCCUGGGGCGUGCCCUUCCUCUGGGCGGCUCUCGCUCUCAUGGUCACAGCGCUGGUGGCGGCGGUGGCGUGGCAGCAGGGGGUGGGGUACGUGCGCAGCGAGGAGAGCAUGACAGCGGCGGACCAGUUGAGAGCGAAGGCUCGGGCAGCGGAGCGGUCGAAGUGCUCGUUUGUGGCGUCCAUGUCGCACGAGCUGCGCACGCCCAUGCUCGGCAUCGUGGGGCUGCUCGAUGCUCUCGAGGACCGCCGCCUCUCUGCCGCCCAGCUGCACGACGUGCGGGUGGCACGUGCUUCCGCGUACGACACGGUGCGCCUCGUCAACCGCGUGCUCGACCUCUCCAAGCUCGAGGCGCGCCGCAUGCCGCUCUGCUGCUCGCCCUUUCACCCGCACGCCUGGCUCGAGGAGGUCGUGCUGGGCUAUUGUGAGCGGGCGUGGGACAAGGGCAUCGAGGUGGCGGGCAUGGUGGAUACAGGAGUACCUGUUGUGUUGCAUAUGGACACCAUGCGACUCUCACAAGUACUCAACGAGCUCAUAGACAACGCGAUGUGCAACACAGCGAGUGGGCACGUGCUGGUGCGCGUGUCCGUGUGCCCCACUGCUACCUCCCUGGAGGACUUCAUUCGCCACCACCUCCGUGAGCGCUGCUUUGUUAUCACCCUUCACUCACUCAACUCCCCCUCUCCCUCUCUCUCUAGACUGAAGCUGCGUUUUUGCCUGCCAUUCACUGCUCUCGCCGUGCGACUCACUUUCCUUGUUACGCCAUGCGACACUCACUGUUCCUCCCUUCCCACUCUCUCCCCCCCCCUUCCCCCCCCACCUCCCGUCCCCUACCCGCCCUUGUUUCGUUCCUCACAACUCUUCCCUGCUGCCUUCCUUGGAUCCCUCUCCUGCACCCGACUAUCAGACGCCCCGCUCCACCACCACACUCCUCCGCCACCGCACCCCUGGUCCCUCUCCUGGUUGGCCUGCCUGCACACACACCUGGGGCUCCUUGUCCGUAGAGCAGCUGCGGUGUGCUGGGGGGAGCAAAUGGAGGAUCAGGGAGUGCCAUAUGAUCGUGAGGGGAAUGAAGAGCUCUCACAACCCACAUAUGACGCACACACAGCCGUUGCAGUGCUGGGAGAGGAGGAGCAAGUGGGAGACGUGAGGGGUGAGGGUGAAGGGGAUGGCUCUGGGUGGAGGAGCAGCGGCGGCGGUGGAGAGGAGAUGCAGCUGGUGCUGUCGUGUGUCGACACGGGCUGUGGGUUUGAUGCAUCGUGGGAGGAGCUUUCAGAAUUCAAGGGGCGAUCGGAGAGUGGAGGAGCAGGCCUGGGGUUUGUGCUCGUGCACCAGCUGCAGCAGUGGGCUCACUCGCUGAUGCUGCCCUCUCCUCACCUGCUCUCGUUAUCCUCCGUCCCCAUGUUCCAAAUCCGCACCAUGCGCCACCAGUGCCUGCCACCAUACCACCAUGCACCGUCCCUUCUUUCUCUCCUCCCAGCGCCUUGCUUGCACCUCUCGCGCCUUCUACUCGCACCUUCCUCUCAAACGCUCACAUCGCACCUUCUGACAUUACCUCACCUCACCAUACGUUACGUUCAUUGUGUUGACGCCCCUGCAUGUGCUGCUGCUAGAUACCGCGUUUCGCCACAUUCACAUUCUCGUCACAAGGGCAGGCGGGAAAGAGAGCCGCGGAAGGUGGAGGCGAGGGGCCAUGCAGAGUGCACGAGGGGCAUAGAGGGAGUGGCUGUGGGCGUGGUGGGGCCGGAAGGCAGCACGAGGGAGCUCACGGCGCUCAUGCUGGCGGGUCUCGGAGCACACGUGCACUUGCUGCCCUGCGCUCAGGACUCACUGCAAGGCGCUGACGCCCGUGCUGCUGAGACGGGGACAAGCGGUGCGGAGGGGAGCUGCGAGGAUGCAGCGAGGGCACAGGGGGGGUUGGAGGAGGUGAGAGAUGGCGUGUGCAGAGGGAGUGGCUUGUGUGGUCACGCGGGUGGGGGGGUCACGGAGGAGGGGGGAGGGGAAGGUGGUGCGGGAGAGGUAGGGGAUGACGAAGUGGGCAGGGAGGGGAUGCCGUGCGUGGUGGUGGUGAGCGAGGAGGAUGCAUGGUGGCAGCAUGGAAGGAGAGCAGCAGCUGGCAUGCGCUGGGACAGUGAGCCUGAUGCGAGUGGGAGGGCUCACCACCACGGUGGGCAUGCGGAUGGUAAGGGCAGAUGCGCGGGUGUGGUGGUGCUGGCGCCGGGUGAGGCAGCAGCAUGGCAGGCAGCAACAGUGGGGCUUGUGAGGCGCUGCAUGGCAGCACACAGGGGUGGGGGGCGAGAGGCGUGGGGUGGGGAGGAAGGGGUGGAUGGGGAAGCAGGGAGAGAAGAGGGAGUGGAGGGAGGGGGUGGAUGGGCAGGGAGGCGGUUACAGGGAAUAGAGGAGAGCCCCACGUUAGAAAGGCAGCUCUGCUGGGACAGAGUGGCAGGGAUCGUCAUUCUUUCCACGUACGCUGCUGGAUCCUCAGGGGAGGUGGGGGCCGAGGUGGAGAGGGGGAACCAGUGGGAGGGGGAAGAUGGGGAAAGGGGGGAUGAGUGGGAGGGUGUGGAUGCAGAGGAGGGGGGAGAUGAGAGGAAGUGGGGGGACGAGGGGGACGAGGGGGAGGGUGGGGACGAGGGGGUGUUGGGCGAUAAGGGGGGCGAUGAGGGGGGCGAUGAGGGGGGCGAUGAGGGGGGCGAUGAGGGGGGCGCUGGGGACUGGAGGAGAAGGGUUGAGGACAGCAGUAGAAGUGCAGGAGAGGGAGAGCAGGUGGAGGUAUGUGGUGAUGAAGGGCGGGCAGGGAGCGUUGGUGGAACGAGGCAAGCAUCGACCGAUUCGUGUUCUGCUGCUUCUGUAGCCUCGCCACCACCCAGCACUGCAUCUGCCGGCGCUGCUGCUCCCCGUGUGGUGGUGUGCUGCCGCCCGCUGCUCUCCCACCGCCUGCUGCUCGCCGUGCAGUUGGCAGCAUAUGGAGUGGAUUUCAAGAGUGUAUACCCUGGCCAUGUGGGGUACGAGUCGCAGGAGAGCCCUGAGCCUGCCCGUCAAACACAGCAGGGGAGCGACAUGCAGCAGCAGAGUUUAGACAUGCAGAGUAGUAAAGCAGGGUGUGAUGAGAGAAGCGACGAGCAGCAGCAGCAUGGCAGCGGCAGUGGCAGUGAUGAGAUGGGGGAUGAAGCAGGGCGUGGUGAGGCCAGGCAGGGUGGCAGUGUGGGGGGUGAGAUGAGCGACUGUGCUUCAAAGGACCUGAGUGGGCGCACAGUGGGGAGGAGCGUGAGCAUGCAUGCUGCAAGCUUGGCAACAGUUAAUUCUCCUAGUUGCACUGCAGGACGGAGGGUAGCAUCAGAGGCAGCAGCAGGGGGGUCAGGGGGGGUGGUGGCGGGGUGGCGGGUGCUGGUGGUGGACGACACGGCAGUGAACUUGCCAGUGGCCCGCCGCACGCUCACCCGCUGCGGCGCCACCGUCAGCACGGCGGGCAGCGGGGAGGAGGCGGUGUGGCUGGUGGCGGCGGCUGUGAGUGCGGCAAGCGAUGGCGCGGCAAGCGAUGGCGCGGCGGCGCAUGGCAGCGCUGUGCUGGAUGUGGUGCUCAUGGACCUGCAGAUGCCCGCCAUGGACAAGUCAGUCGUGCCCAGCGGUGGUGAGCGGUGGCAUGGAUGGGUGAGUGGUGAUGAGUGGGUGAGUGGUCAUGAGCGGUAUGCCAUGGAUGGGUGA